AUAAUCACUCUCACGCCGACCGACUUCAGUCGUCUUAUAAGUACAAACAACUUGAAACAGAAUGAGGUAUUUAAUCAUCCUAACAGUUUGUCUUCUCGUGGCCGUUUACGCGGAUCAUUUGAUAGUAGGGAAUGUGUCUAAUAGAGUUGUUUUGGCUAACCAGACUAAGGUAGAAUAUAAUGCUAUACCGUUUAUGAAGAGGGUGAAAUAUUUCUUCUAUUCGCAGACGGAUAAUCGGUUGAUACAGGGCAUCCAAGCUCUUGACACUCUACACAGUAAGGCGUCUAUCAACAUCACGGCUGGUGGAGUGGGCUACUCGUAUGUCAACCUUCGGCUGAAGAGUGAGAGGGGCAGAGGACUGAGCUAUGAUAUAGGCAUAUAUGUGCAGGAUUAUUUCUAUCAUUAAAUUAUUUUGAGAGUU